AUGGCUUUGAUCAUCAUCCUCUUCCUUACUCUGCUUGCAGGAACAAAGCCAGAAAACCAGACAUGCAAAGUGAUCGAAAAGGCAGAAUUAAUGGAGUUUUCCAAAGACGGAGAUCUGAAUAUUGCGGGAGUUUUCUCUAUAACAAGUACAAGAACAUUGGUAGAUAACGACUACCAGGCAGUUCCAUACUCUUACUGCAAAGGAUAUAACCACAGGGAGCUGAAGUUUGCCAGAACAAUGAUUUUUACUGUGGAGGAGAUCAAUAGGGAUCCUUCCCUCCUCCCUGGAUUAAGGCUGGGUUACAAGAUCUACAAUGGAUGUGGGACUGAAAACCUGAUUCGAGCAGCUGUUGAAGCCAUAAAUGGAAAUGAUCCACUGGUCUGCGGCGGUCAGACGUUGGCUGUCUUAGGUCAUUCAGCCUCUGGUGUGAGUAACGACAUAAACACCAUUAUCAGUGCAGUGUCCGUGCCACAGAUCAGUCACCUGUCUACAUGCGCUUGCUUAAGUGACAAACUUCGAUACCCAACGUUCUUCAGAACCGUACCAAGUGACAAAUUUCAGAUCACAGCUCUGGUGCAGCUCAUGAAACACUUUGACUGGCGAUGGGUGGGGAUAAUUAAUUCUGUCGGUACGUACGCGGAAGAAGGUGCAUCUGAAUUUGUUAAAGAAGCACAAAAGGAAGGCAUAUGUGUGGAAUACACGAUGGUUUACCUGGAAGCAUCAGGUUCAAGGUUAAGAACAAUAAUAGAGACUCUGAAGGAGUCCUCAUCCAAGGUGGUGUUAAUGUUUAUGCCCCUGUCUCACGCCAAAGCAUUUCUUUCUCAUAUGGAGGAGUGUAACAUAACUGGAAAGCAGUGGGUUGGCAGUGAAUCUUGGAUCUCAGCUAAAUACCUUGCUUCUGCAGAGAGAAAGCACAUUUUGCAUGGGGCAAUAGGCUAUGCCAUUCCGGAGGCAUCCAUACCAGGCCUUGGAGAAUUCCUCCUUAGCUUGAAACCGUCUGAUGAACCACACAGUGCUCUAAUUAAAAUGAUCUGGGAGGAGUUCUUUGAUUGCAGCUUCACCCCAUCAAAUACCUCCACCUUGUGUACCGGCGCAGAAGAUCUGCGGACCAUCUUGAGUGACUACACAGACGUGGCAAAAUUCAGAGAAGAAAAUAAUGUUUACACAGCUGUUUAUUCUGUAGCAUUUGCUCUGCAUCUGCUUUUGCAGUGCAAAAACGGCUUAAACCCCACAAUGGGAAAUCCGUGCCUGACCAAGGAUGAAGUGUUUGAUGCCAUGAAGCGUAUAAACUUCACCACUAAAAAUGGGGCCAGAGUUUUCUUUGAUGAAAACGGUGACUCUAUUGCCAAGUAUGACCUUGUGAACUGGCAGAUGAAAGAGGACGGUUCAGCAGACGUAGUCAUCAUUGGCCAGUUCGACAAUUCCUUACCAGAGGGGAAGAAACUGAAACUAAAAGACAACGCAAAAAUAGUUUGGGGCGGCUAUAGUAAUGUGGUGAGGUCUGUCUGCAGAGAACCGUGUCCACCAGGGACUCGAAAGGCAGUAAACAAGAACAAGCCUGUGUGCUGCUUUGAUUGUUUUCAAUGUUCUGAAGGAACAAUUAGUAAUAAGACAAAUUCUCUCGACUGCUCACCCUGUCCACCCGAAGUUUGGCCAAAUGAGAUGAGAGACAACUGCGUUCCAAAACCCACCGAAUACCUCUCCUACUCGGAGACCACAGGGACACUUCUUACUGGUUUUGGCACCUUCGGUGUAUUUUUAUCCCUUCUCAUAACAACAAUAUUUUUUACUCAUAAAGAGACUCCCAUUGUAAGAGCAAACAACUCUGAGCUGAGCUUCCUGCUUCUGUUUUCACUGAAACUGUGUUUCCUCUGCUCACUGACCUUCAUUGGUCGGCCCACUCAGUGGUCUUGUAUGCUUCGACACACCGCGUUCAGCAUCACGUUCGUUCUCUGCAUUUCGUGUGUUCUGGGGAAAACAAUAGUGGUUCUGAUGGCCUUCAGAGCGAGACGUCCAGGGAGCAAUAUGACAAAGUGGUUUGGACCCGCACAGCAGAGAGUCAGUGUUCUCAUUUUGACUCUUGUUCAGGUUGUCAUUUGUAUAAUUUGGCUAACAAUUAACCCCCCUUUCCCAAAGAGGAACAUGCAGUACUAUAGAGACCGAAUAAUCUUAGAGUGUGCCCUGGGUUCAGCCGUUGGAUUCUGGGCGGUGCUGGCUUAUAUUGGAAUACUUGCUACCUUAUGCUUUGUUCUUGCUUUUCUUGCUAGAAAACUACCAGAUAGCUUCAAUGAAGCCAAGCUAAUCACAUUUAGCAUGCUGAUAUUCUGUGCAGUCUGGAUCACCUUCAUCCCAGCUUAUGUCAGCUCUCCUGGAAAGUUUACUGUGGCUGUGGAGAUAUUUGCUAUACUGGCCUCCAGUUUUGGUUUGCUGCUUUGUAUUUUUGCUCCAAAAUGCUAUAUUAUUCUACUGAGGCCAGAGCAAAACUCGAAAAAGCAAAUAAUGGGUAAGAUGUAA